UCGGAAAAGCUCCCAGCCGAAGAUGGGAGAUAGACAUGGGAGGGGGAGGGGCGAGAGUCCACGUGGAAUCGGCCCUCGCUCGGCCUUGGGGGCGUGGCCUCACCUAGAUUCGAGGGGCUGCUCUGCCCCGCCCCCACUUCUCCUUGUCUCUGUUAGAAUCUGUGAGAUUCCCCUCCCCUACUUGAAUCCUGAGACCUUGUUAUUAAUAUUGAUGCAAGCCAGAGUGCUGGCGGAAGGGGAGAGUCAAUACCACUUUUACCUAUAAGUGCGCCCCAUCCCUCCUCGACAAAAGGGGGCGGUGCGCAGCUAUAUUAAGGCCAACGAGUCCGGGGGACGCUCUGGCCACCGGCGGGACGAGCGCCCCGAAUGUGCUCAAUGUUUGGUCCUCCGGGGCAUGCGCAGUGGCGGAGCAGGAAUCGCUAUGGCAGCGGCUGCGGCGUCGGCUUCCCUCUGGCCGCGGGGCUCUCGUUAGGCCCAGCUGCCUCCCCGGCCCUGUGAAUGAGCACCUAGGCUUCCCGCCGCCCCUGCCGGGGAAUGAGCGGCGGACCGGCCUCCAGCCGCCACCGCUGCCGCUCGCGGAGACCAUGCCCCUGGCUGCCUACUGCUUCCUGCGGGCUGUGGGGAAGGGCAGCUACGGGGAGGUGACGCUUGUCCGGCACCGGCAGGACGGCAAGCAGUAUGUCAUCAAAAAACUAAACCUCCAACAUGCCUCCAGCCGAGAGCGGAAAGCUGCUGAACAAGAGGCCCAGCUUUUGUCUCAACUGAAGCACCCCAACAUUGUUACCUACCGAGAGUCUUGGGAAGGAGAAGAUGGCCUGCUCUAUAUAGUUAUGGGCUUCUGUGAAGGAGGGGAUCUCUAUCGAAAACUCAAAGAACAAAAGGGCAAGCUUCUACCUGAGAACCAGGUCGUGGAAUGGUUUGUUCAGAUCGCUAUGGCCUUGCAGUAUUUACAUGAAAAACACAUCCUUCAUCGAGAUCUGAAAACUCAAAAUGUCUUCUUAACAAGAACAAACAUCAUCAAAGUAGGCGAUCUGGGGAUUGCCCGAGUGUUAGAAAAUCAGUACGACAUGGCCAGUACACUCAUUGGAACACCAUACUACAUGAGUCCUGAAUUAUUUUCAAACAAACCCUACAACUAUAAGUCUGAUGUUUGGGCUUUGGGAUGCUGUGUUUAUGAAAUGGCUACACUGAAACAUGCUUUCAAUGCAAAAGACAUGAAUUCUUUAGUUUAUCGAAUUAUUGAAGGAAAGCUGCCACCAAUGCCAAAGGACUAUAGCCCACAACUGGCAGAACUAAUAAGAACUAUGUUGAGCAAGAAGCCUGAGGAAAGACCCUCUGUGAGAAGCAUCCUUAGGCAGCCCUACAUAAAACGUCAUAUUUCUUUAUUUUUGGAGGUCACAAAGGCGAGAACUUCCAAAAGUCAUAUUAAAAAGGGCAAUUCUAAAAUAAGACCUGCUGCUGAAGUUAUUUCUGUAAAAAUUGAAUCAGAAAAUGAAGGAAUCAUUUCUCAGCAAUGUUUCUCAAAGCAUUCCAAGAUACCUACAGAGGUUGAAGAAAAAUGUCUACCCCAAGGUAAGCCCAUGGAUACUUGCCUCUCAGAAGUAGCCUGUCCUAAAAGUUGUCCCAGCAAGAAUGAUGUGCAUAGACUUGGAGAAACUUUAGCAACAAUCAGCAAAGUGGAUAUUAACAUCCUACCUGCCACUGAAAGGAGAAACUCAAAGAGUGACAAUUUACUGCAAGAUGACAAACCGAAACACUCUAAUAUUUUUGAUGAGCCAGAAGCCAAAUUAAAUGUGCCUCCAGUGAAGGAAGAGAGGCAGCAACUGAGUACUAAGCCUGAUAAUCUAGCUCCCUCUCAGACUUCUAUUGAAAUCACUGAUGAAGAGAAUGACACGAUGAAACUUCUGCAGCCUUUACACAAAGAUCUCAAGCCAAUGGAACAGGAUAGAAUCAACCCAUACUUACAGCCCCAUAGUUCUGUGUCUGAGCCCUUCCAAUCCCGGCAACAAAGGCAGAAAAGAAAAGAACGAGUUGAAAGAAAUAGAGGUAAUGGACAGUUUCAGGAAGUUCCUUCUAGACCUUUGCCUUCUCCUCCCAUUGCUAUUAAAACAGUUGAGAAGAUGACAUACAGUGAUGCUGAUAAACAUAACACAGAAGUAAUGGUAUCUGUGGAUAAUUCAAGAAGCAGUGAGAUAACAUCCUCAAAGGAUCGACCUUUGUCAGCUAGAGAAAGGAGGAGAUUAAAGAGGUCACAAGAAGAGAUAUUUCCCACUGUUUUUUCAGGUCCUUCGGUGAGAAGAGGUUCUCUGGAUACAGAAGGAAUGAAGUUGCACAUAGAAGAUGAGCACAUUGCUCAUCAGUUAUCUUCAGAUGUGAAUACCUCUCAGGAAAAGAAGUUAGUUCGUUGUCUGUCUGAGGAUGAGUUAAGUUCUUCUACAAGUUCAACUGAUAAGUCAGAUGGAGAUUCCAAGGAAGGAAAAGGCCAUACAAAUGAAAUGAAUGAUUUGGUACAGCUGAUGACUCAGACAUUAAAAAUGGACUCUAAAGAGAAUUGUGAGCAUCUUCCAAAACUUCUUCCCAUGUCAGAGUUCAGACUUCAUCGAAAAUACAAAGAUACACUAAUUCUGCAUGGGAAAGUUGAAGAGGAUUCAGAGGAACUUGGGCUUAAAGAACUUUCUCCAGUUGUUGUUUCUGGUUCUGAAAAAAUCAGAAGAAUGAUUGAAGUCUUGAGAGCUGAUGUAAUUCAGGGACUGGGAGUGAAGCUUUUAGAAAAAGUAUAUGAUCUUAUGGAAGAAGAUGAUGAAUUGAAGAGAGAGGUACGUUUACAGGAGCAUUUGGGUGAAAAAUAUAUAAAUUAUGGCACAAAAGCUCAACUCCUGAAAUUUUUUGAAGAAAAUGUGAACUUCUAAGCAUUUGUUCUAAUCUGUUGCCAGAACCGAAGACUUAUUUUUAAAGACUUUUUUGGUGUUGUUUUCCCCAAAAGAUUACCUCUACCAAAUAUCAGAUCGGUGACUGUUAAAUAUAGUGGCUUUUUCCCCCUGGGAUUUCUAUAUUUUGCAGGAGUUUAAAAAUGGAUAUGAAUGAGUGCUGUGUUGACUGAUUUAGGAAGAGGCUUUUAAAAAAAAAUGAAUAAAUGGGUACCACAUUGUGGGAAAAUUACUUUAUGUGUUUUACAUGAGACUUGUUUGGUUAAGUAGCCGGAAGCCAUUGUAUAUCCAGAAAUUCUAAAAUAGUCAAAACCUACCAGAGCAAUACUGUCAAUACAUAAGAACAGAGAUUUUCUAGGUGGCUAUAGCAAUGUAACAAACUACCUAAACAAAUGGCUUUACUUAAUAGGCCUGAUAAGUACAUGGUGGUAAUAUAUCAGUACUACAAUGGUAGGUGAUAAAUUGGAAGUCAGUGCAUGAUCUUUAUAGAUUUGAAGAAUGGAGCUAUACAUAACUUUACACACUUACAAAAAUUUUAAAUUAAUUGCUUUUAGUUUGAACAACAUACUUGCAGAAUUGAACCUAUUUAAUUUGUGCUUUUGGCUUAUAUAUUCAGUAUAUAUUUAUAUACUGGCUUUAAUUCAUUUUUUCAUCAGCCAAAACAUGCCCUGAAUACUAAUUCCUUUUGGAAUGAAACAAUUUGUAAGUAAAAUACAGGUGCUUUUAGGCUGAAUUUGAGGCAUUUUAUGUCUCUUGAAAUAGAGAAUUCAGCUUUUUUGCAUAGUCUCCCUUAUUUUAUAUCAUGACACUUAUUAUCCUUCUUUGUUUUAAAGGUCUACUGUGUAUAUUUUAGUAAUUGUUUUUUUAUGAGGUAAAAUUGUUAUGAAGCAAAUAAAAUGAAUUUUGUAAAAUAAA